GUCAGCAUUGCACGCAGUGGGCUGAAUCUGUGGCAGUGUCGUGUAAACGAUAAUAGGAUUAUUGCACGUAACAGCGGAGUGCGGCGUCUGCGUGGAAUGGCCGCUGUCCCCGGACGGACGCUGGGUCACGGACCGGGCCGUGGGACGGGUUCGGAUGCGCAGUGCGCCUUGCUGCCGCCGCGGACGGGGGCUGCUGCGGCGUAAACACGGCUGUCAGCGCUGCGGUGCGCGGGUAACGGGUUCACGCACCACACGUCCACGCAGCCCGUGUUUACCUCGAGCCGGUGAUGCCGCUGGAUGUGGAUUUCCGCAGCGAACCGUCCGGAGCGCCGCGCGAGGAUUCCCCUUUUAAACGCCACUGCGGCUAGUCCGACCCGCAAACGCGUUCUGACAGAUGGACUCGGUCCCGUGGACGCGUCCACUCCUUCCAUCUCCGGGAAAUGACUGAAAACAUGGAGACCCUGGAUGCCGAGGACGCGACUCCGGCCGGGAGCGCGACCUUGCCGCCGCUCCGGCCGCCGUGCGAGCGCCUCUCGCCGCACAAGAGCAGCGUGUGCUCGCGCUCCUACUUCGUGGUGGUCAUGGUGUUUUUUCACGUGUACAUCAUUAACGUCAUAGCGCUGCUGUUCUACGUGCACUACAGCAGCGGGCAGGAAGACGCCGCCCGGAGUCGCGAUGCCCCCGGCGCCGACCACCAGCGCCCCGAGGCGCGUCGUCCGCCGCCGAAGCACGAGUUUCUGCGCGACGUGUCGCUCACGAGGAUGGAGGGGAUCCGGGUGGGACACGUGCAGCGCGUGUCACUGGUGCCCGGAAAAGUGCACGAGAUGCGGACUUUGAGUCUGAAGCCUCUGCUGUUUGGUAAGAGAACAAACGCGGUGAAACGCAUUCAACAACGUCGACGUUUGUUGUCCUGCAAACGUGUUGGAGGGAAAAGUGGACUCGUGUGGAUUUUACAAGAGAUCCCCGGGUUUCUGGCGGAGGACGAGUGCCGCGUGGUGAUGCAGCUGGCACAGCUCAAGGGCCUGAUGGAAAGUCAGCUCAUGGUGCAGGACGGCCAAGACGAGCUGGCCAGAGAGCUCAACCUGAGCCCCGAGGAGAUCUUCAACCUCCUUGACAUCAACCAGGACGGGCAGCUGCAGCUCCACGAGAUUCUGACCCAUUCCAGAGUGAGGGACGGCAUCUGGCUCACGCCAGAGAAUCUGCGAGAGAUCUAUGCUGGGCUGAAAGCCGACAAGGAUGGCAAUGGUCUGCUGAGUCUGGAGGAGUUCAGGCUUCUGAGCAGCGACGCCUUCCAGCGCUUCCUGCUGCAGCGAGGGGUGAAACGGAGUCAGCUGGUGAGGAACAGCAGGCACACGUGGCUCUACCAGGGCAAAGGGGCGCACCGAGUGCUCCAGGACAUCAAGGCCAGGGUGACCCGCCUCACCCGGCUUCCCCCCGCGCUAGUGGACCUCAGCGAGCCCCUGCAGGUGGUCCGCUACGAAGAGGGCGGGCACUACCACGCCCACCACGACAGCGGGCCCGUGUACCCGGAAACGGGCUGCGCGCACACGCGCCUGGCCGCCAACACCUCCACGCCCUUCGAGACGUCCUGCAGGUACGUCACAGUUCUCUUCUACCUGAACUCUGUUGAGGGGGGCGGGGAGACCGCGUUCCCUGUGGCAGACAACAGGACCUAUGAUGAAGUGUCUCUCAUACAGAACGACGUGGACCUCUUGGACACCCGGAGAAACUGCGACAAGAGCAACCUGAGGGUGACGCCCACCAAAGGAACAGCUGUUUUCUGGUACAACUACCUUUCAGAUGGAAGAGGUUGGGUGGGGGAGCAGGACGAAUACGCGCUGCACGGAGGCUGUGUGGUCACCAGGGGCACCAAGUGGAUCGCCAAUAAAUGGAUCAACAUCGAUCCCGACUACCAGCGGCAGGCUCGCUACCAGCAGCUGGUGGCGCAGCAGCCGGAGGACGAGGAGGACGCGGGUCCGACGCCACGCGGCCACGACGUCCACCAGGACUUGUAGCUCACGCACCAAACGUCCCGCCUCCCCCGGCCCCUGCACCGCACCAAUGGGAGCAUCCUCCGUGGCCAGUGGACAGACAAGACUCAUUCAGGGGACGAGCUUUAUGCAACUGUAAAGACAGCUUGUUUUGUUAUAUACGGCUUUUCUGUGAUUUUUUUUUAAGUAUGUUUCCCAUUUAAGGAAUGUUGCACUAGAAGCAUAGUAAAGCAGUUGGGACAAAGAAUCCUGCAUGCUUUAGCUUCACAGGUUUUGAGCCAAAAAUGCACUUGAAAUUUAAAAAGGCUGCUGUAAUUUAUCGUUUGUCCGUUAACGGCUCAUGCUGCAUGUUGCCUGGUCUUUGAUCCAGUCUUUGGGUUUAUUAUUCCCUUCAGUGAUAGUCCUCUGGAAUAAAACUGUUUUAUGGAUGUUUCAUAGUUUAUUCAUUUUAGUUUGACUGUAACCGUGUGCGUCUCCCACACUGAAUAAAGUUAAAUAUGUUGA